UUCUUCCCUUCCUUUUCUCUCUUUAUCAUUUUAUGACAGACGACCGCUCACCACGUCGCCGAAGAUCCAUGCCAACCUUACGCAAAUCACCCAGUAGUCGAUUCAACAAGCCUGCCAAAGGCUCCCCCUCCACCACCCUAGAGAAACCCAGCCUGAUCCUAUGCGAUGCCACCAAACUAGUUCCUGGAUCACUGUACCUGUUCAAAACUCAUUUUGUCAAACUCGUCCUGUUUGAAAAAUACGAAGAUGAGAUGUGUCAGUUCUCGAUGCUUCGCGAGAACGAAGAACCUAUGCGGUGGUCUGAAGCCAGGUAUUUCCUGGGAGACUUUUCAGUAUACGAAGCUUUUGAUACCAAUGGUAAUCCACCUAUCGAGGUGUGCGAACAGUUGGAGUGGACAGUGCCCAAGAACUGGUUUGACUGCUUUGCGCUGGCUCGCGAGCGUCAGCGUCAUUGGUUUCAGCAACUCAACGGUGGAGUCACCAUCUCUCCACCGGCGCGUUCUAGUUCGUUGAGGAGAAAGCCUGUGGUCGUCGGCGCCGUCCCAGACGUUCCACCUAUACCCGACCAUAUCAAGGAGGGCGACCAUCGAUACUCCUACCGAUCAAGCAUGUCCUCCUUGAGCGACCUAGAUAGCAGUGUGAGACGACAGGCAUUUGCAAAGGGUGUAGUGCGCAACCCCACUGUGUUCCACAUGAAUGGAUCCGACAAGCAGCUUGAAGUUAUUCAUUAAACGCAGAAUAGAACUCCCCAAUUUUGCCGCUACAAGAUUCCCCCCUGUUUUCUUUUUUCUUCUAAUUUUGGCUUCCUAUCUCUCGAAUCCACCAGUUUAUACACCUACUCAGCAUACAGAUCCAUCAGACUUUAUACAAAUA